AUGAGUUCUAGUAGAGGCUAUGGAAUAAACAAAGAUAAUAUGUCAUAUAAAGCAGCUAGUACAUCAAAUACAACCGAGGUGAGAGACGGCUACACUCCACAACAACAACAGGAGUAUAGCAAGUACCUUGGCAAACUACAACAGGAAUUUGAAAACCGAUGGUGCAAAAAAACUAAUUCUCAUACAUUUUCUGAUUACGAACGUGUGCGAACACUGGGAACCGGUGCAUUUGGUAGAGUUAUAUUAUUAAAACAUAAUAAAACACAAAAAUUCUAUGCCAUGAAAGUUUUGGAGAAAGAAAAAAUUAUGAAAAUGAAGCAAGUCGAUCACACGCUGUACGAAAAACGAAUUUUAGAAGCUAUAAGAUUUCCAUUUACAGUAUCGAUGGAAUUUAGUUUCAAAGACAACAGUUAUAUUUAUUUUAUAAUGCCAUUCGUUGCUGGAGGUGAAAUGUUUAGUCACCUUAGAAAAAUGCAGAAAUUUGAAGAGUCUCUGGCUAAAUUCUACGCAAGUCAAGUUAUAUUAGCUCUAGAAUAUUUACACUUUUGCAAUUUGGUAUACCGAGAUCUAAAGCCUGAAAAUAUAUUGAUUGACAGGAAUGGCUACCUAAAAAUAACUGACUUUGGUUUUUGUAAGGUACUGCAAGGUAGGACUUGGACUUUGUGUGGAACUCCAGAGUAUUUGGCACCAGAACUAAUAUUGAGUAAAGGUUAUGGAUUUUCUGUAGAUUGGUGGUCUUUUGGUGUUCUGUUAUAUGAAAUGAAUGCAGGCUAUCCACCGUUCUAUGCAAAUGAUCCCAUGAAAACCUACGAAAAGAUAGUCGCUGGAAAAUAUAGAUGUCCUUCAAGCUUUAACAGUGAUUUAAGAGACAUUAUAAGGAAUACACUUCAAGUAGACAUAAGUAAGCGUUUCGGUGUUAUGAAAAACGGAGUCAUGGAUUUCAAGAAUCACAAAUGGUUUAAGGGUAUAGAAUGGGAUGCGAUUUUAAAUUGCAAAUUUCCACCGCCAUUCAUUCCGAAAUUUAAACAUCCCGGUGACACGACAAACUUUGAACGAUACACCGAGGAACCUAUAAAACCAUCUUCUUACUGUAGAUUUGAAUCUGAAUUCAUUGACUUUUAG